AUGGCGCAAAUGGAGGAGUCCCUGGAACAACAGGCGGCUCACAUCACUACCCUGGAGUUUGAUUCCGCACCUGCCCCGAAGAAGCCUUCUCUGGCAGUGCUUGCUGCGCCCGCAAGCAAGGCUGCAGCCCAAACCCCAGAGAACCACGCUGGCGCGUCCAAGAAUCCAGUGCUGCUGGGAGUUUCUCAGGCGUGCGAGAAGGUGUAUGCUGGAGCGAAGGCCCUCAGCAAGGCCAAUGACACCAUCCAGCAGCUGCAGGAGACACUCUCCAGCGAGAGAGAGGCACGCUCCAUGCAAGAGAAGGAUGCAUCAGCCAAGAUCCAAGAGCUCACUGAGAAGAUCGCAACCUGGGAAAGGAAGCAUGCCGCGGCAUUGGAGGAUCUGAAGCAAAAUGCGACGAUCCAGCGUCUCCAGCAUGCCGUGUCCGCUGGCGACGCUGCGAGGGAGAACCUGUCGAAGGCCGCCCCACCAAAGAAGUCCACCGCAGCGCCGCCGCCGGCAAAGCAUCCUACCGACGCGGCUCCCAAGGCACCGCCGAAGGCACCUCCGAAGGGACCAGAGGCUGCGAUCCCGAAGCCUCCUCCAAAGAAGGCCGCUGCGCCUCCUGCAGAGGUUGUUCCGAAGGCUGCAGAGUCGUGGCCUCUGGUGCUGGGGCAGCGUGCCACCCGUUGGUGCGACUGCUCAGACGAUGAGGACGAGCCCAGCAUCUCGGUACUCCUUGCGCGCGAGAAGGCCCGAAUGCCUCAUCGCUUUGCUGCCGAGUGCGACAAGGAAGAGCAAGGGCAGCAGAUGCGUGCGGCGCUCCGCAUGGCCAGUUCCGUAGAGGAACUUGAGAGGGCCAUCGCCUACGCCGAGGAGCUGGGCCUCAAGCAUGAAGCCAGCUUGGGAAGGAAGAAGCUUCAACGGCUUCAAAGCUGA